ACACGCUACAGAUCUUCAACCUCUCAAUCCCGAGAUACCGUAACCAAUCUCCCCAGCGACUUGUCUCGGGCGCCUUCGGAUACAGGGUGUGCGCUGUUCCUAUAUCCUGUCUGGAAGUAAUUGGAUAGUUGCAAUUCUCCAGACCCCUGAAAAUGAAUACUCUUGCUCGAGCUGGGCGCAUUCGCCCAUCUCUAUCCCACUCGGUUGGCAUUACCAAGCAACUGGAACGUCGAGCAUGGAUCUCUCGCUCCGCAGCGAUGCCUGCGAGUGCCAUUGAACGACAAUCGGAGCCGUCAUCAUCUUUGACAGCAUCGGGAAAGGUCCGCCGUGAGGUUCCUUUGCCUAGCCAGGAGAAGAAGGAAGGUGCAAUGCAAUAUGCAUUGACUACACUCGAUCAGAUUGCGAACUGGGCUCGCCAGAGCUCGUUGUGGCCCAUGACAUUCGGUUUGGCUUGCUGCGCCGUCGAGAUGAUGCAUCUAUCUACUCCUCGUUACGAUCAAGAUCGUCUUGGAAUUAUCUUUCGAGCUUCUCCGCGACAGUCCGAUGUCAUGAUCGUUGCUGGCACUUUGACAAAUAAGAUGGCCCCCGCUCUGCGACAGGUUUACGAUCAGAUGCCUGAUCCUCGUUGGGUUAUUAGUAUGGGAAGUUGCGCCAAUGGUGGUGGAUAUUAUCAUUACAGCUACUCUGUUGUCCGUGGCUGUGACAGAAUCGUUCCCGUGGAUAUCUAUGUGCCUGGCUGUAAGUUUGAUAUACUUCUGAUGUUGAAGUUGUCGUUGAUUCUAAUCGAACGUCACUUGAAAGGUCCCCCAACCUCCGAAGCUCUUAUGUACGGCAUUUUCCAACUUCAAAAGAAGAUGCGACACACCAAAAUCACACGCAUGUGGUAUCGGCGAUAGACUGGUCUUUCCUUUGUGUUAAGCUUGCGAUUUGUGUAGUCUUAUAGAUGCUUUUUUCUCAAAAUGGCCAGACUUUGAGCUGUACAUUACAUUGAUUUCUUACCAUCAAUAGGUGACAAAGACAAUCUUUUUGAUCCAUGUUCCUAUGUUG